AUGUCAACAGCGGUGAAGGCUCAUAAUUUAAUCAGCCACCACCUUUCAAUAACGCCAUAUGAUGUAAAGUGGAUUCCUUCAUCAUCAAGAGUUUGUGUUGUAGGAGCAAGUGAAGUUGGUACAGGCAAGAUAUCUAUUUACGGAUUAGAAGGAAAACGAUUAGAGUUGAAGCGAGAAACAGAAACAAAUACAGUAUUACGCUGUUGCACUAUUACAGGUCAUAGUCGACAAAUCGCAACAGGCGAUUUUGAUGGACAAUUACAAAUCUGGGAUUCACAACGUCUUGAUAUACCACUCAUUUCUUUUAAAGCACAUCAGAGCAUUAUCAACUCUAUUGACAGUUUUGAUCGAUUUAAAGACCCACAAGAAUUGGUCACUGGAAGUCGUGAUGGCACAGUUAAAGUAUGGGACAUGCGGCAAACGGAAAAGCCAGUAUUGACUAUCAGAUCGACGAAAAAAGCCAAUGUGGAUAUUUGGGCAGUUGCUUAUGGAAGAAUACAAACAGAAAAAGUGAUAGCCGUUGGAUUUGAAGAUGGUUCUCUCAAGUUGUUCCAUGUGGGUACCUCAGAGUACAUCUGGGGAACAAAAAUGAAGGAUGGCAUAUGUUCGAUAGACUUUGUUCAGGAUUCUUUGCUCGUCAGUACUUUGUCAGGAGCAUAUACAGUUGAACUCAAAUCGCCAUCAGGAAAGACAACAGAGAUUAAAACAAAGUUUGAAAAGGAAACCACAUUGUGGUCCAUCCGUCAUAUGCCACAAAAUCCAGACUAUUUUACAAUAGCCAGUGGCGAUGGCAAACUGAGCACGUUCAAUCUCAACAAAACACACACAAUCGAUGACAUCCAGGAACUUAGUCUAUCAAAACAUCCAAUUAUUUCACUAGAUUAUAAUCGAGACAAAAAGGGUCUUUAUGCAUGUACUUCAUUUGAUCAAACAUUACGGAUUGGUAUUGUGCAAAGUGAUUGA